UUACAUACAGCAGCCGUCGCACGAGCCUCCGCCACAGACAGAACCACCCACGCAGAAGACGGAUUCACGCAGCACACCACACGCACGUACUGUACUACGCCGGUGACAAGCGAAAGGAGGACGCAGGCAUGGCCAAGAGCGGCACGGAGGAGUGGCGUCGCAACGCCGACACGCACAAGAUGAGCCCGGAGGAGGUCCGGGCCGCGGGGGUGGAGGCGUCCAUGCGCCCGCCGGGCCGUGGCGGCGCCGGGGAGGUCCUGCACCAGCGAGGCGGCCGCCUGCCGUACGGGCCCGGGACGAUGGCGCUGAUGGGGUUCGGCAUCGUCGGCGCCAUCGGCUACCUGGUGCUGUACCAGAAGGCCAGGCCCGGCACGCCGGCCACGGAGGUCGCCAAGGUGGCCGUCGGACACGGCGACCCUGCCGUCGGCCGCGAGGUCCAGAAGCGCCAAGACGAAACGCAGCCACCGCCACCGCCACGCGAAGGCAAGUAGACUAGUUAGUGGCAGAAGAGCUAGAGGAUUUUCGGCGUUUGUGCUUCGAGCUCGACUCGAUUUGAUCUGCUAGCCGCGCUUCUCAGCUUGGGUACCUUUUGUCGUGGACCAUGCACGCGUGUGACUUUCUAUCAGAAAUGACACAGCAGAAAUAAAUAAUCGUACUGAUGUACUCCCUCCGUCCGGAAAUACUUGUCAUACAUCCUCUUUUAUCCAUUUUGAUGACAAGUAUUUUCGAACGGAGGGAAUAGUAGUACUGUAUUAGUUGCUUUUAAUUUUUGAGAAACUGGCAGUGACGAGUAAAGUUGUGAAAUCAGUAUGUAGGGCAGAGUUCACCAUCUUCCAUCUUUCGGGUGCCGAAAGUAAGGCCAACUCCAACGUGCUGAUUUUGUCCGCUUUUUGAUCGUUUGAUUUGUCAGUUGGUCGUGUUCGCCU